AUGGACUCGCGAAGCAAUGCGGGCGAAGCGGCGGGCGGCGACACAGGAGCAAGAAGCACAGCGCCUCCGCCGGCGUCGUCAUCCUCGGCGCCUUUCGCGUCCGGCUUCCAACAGCCCGGAGGCAGUGGGCUCGUCGAGGAAAGCAACGCAUUGGUCAGCUCCCAGGACGCAGACAUGACCAGCCGAGGUCCUUCGCCGUCCUACAGACCGUCGCCGUCGCCAUCAAAUACAUCGCAUUCCGAUGACCAGGACCAGGAGGACGACGAUGAUGUGGACGAUGAUGACGAUGACGACGACGUCUUCACCGACCUGGCCUCGUCCUCGCUCAACAUGGGUGACCGACGAAACACGCUCAAGGCGCGCGGCUCGGCCGCCCUGCCGGCCUCUUCGAGCGGCGCCAACUCGAGCCAGUCGUGGCAGGUGACGCCGGCCAAUGCGACAAAGGCGUCGGCAGCCACGCUGCCCCACGAGAUUCUCCUGCACAUCUUCAAAUACGUCGCCCACAGCCCGCCGGAUCUGAAGCGCUGCCUCAACGUAUGCAAGGCGUGGUGCCUCUGUGGCGUCGAGCUGCUCUGGCACCGGCCCGCCUUUCCCAAGCUCUCGUCGCUCUUCAAGCUGAUCCACAUCAUCCGGAGGCCCGACCAGACGUUUCCCUAUGCCACCUUCAUCCGGCGGCUCAACCUGGCCCAGCUGUCGGGUGAGCUCGAGGACUCGCUGUUCAAAAACAUGGCUGCAUGCACCCGUCUCGAGCGCCUCACCCUCGCCGGCUGCUCGCGUCUCUCCGACGAGGCCAUCACUGCCGUGCUGUCCAACACCAAGCAUCUCGUCGCGGCCGACCUGUCGGAUGUCCCCAACCUCACCGACAAGUCCAUCUACACCAUUGCCGAAAACUGCCAGCGACUGCAGGGCAUCAACCUCUCGAGCUGCCGCCAGCUGACGUCGACGAGCGUCGCUACGCUGGCCAGAAACUCGAAGCUGCUUCGGAGGGUGAAGCUGUGCAACUGCGAGAAUGUCGGCGACGAGGCCCUCCAGGCCCUGGCCGAGUCGUGUCCCGUGCUUCUCGAGGUGGACCUGGUCGGAUGCCCCCUCAUCACCGACGCCUCUGUGCGCGAGAUCUGGAAGCAUUCGCACCAUCUCCGCGAGCUUCGCCUCGCCCAGUGCGGCAAGCUCACCGACUUGGCCUUUCCUGCGCCCGCCAGCAGCUUUGCAGGCUCGACGCCCGCCUUGGGGGGUGGUGGUGCUGGUGGUGGUGCUGGUGGUGGCGCUAGUGGAGGAGGACCCAGCCUGGGGAUGCCCCAUCCCCACCAUCUGGCCUACGGUGCCAGCGAUUCUGCUCCGACGAGCCGGAGAGCGUCACCCAUGGGUCGCUACGACGGCCACGGCAACCCGGGCCUGGUCACAUCGCACUCCUCCGACGAUACCAACAGCUACCCGCGCAACGUCACCAUGCCCAACAGCAGCCCGCCGAUGCACACCCACCUGCGGCCCUCGCGUAUGUUUGACCACCUUCGUAUUCUCGAUCUCACAAACUGCAGCACCAUCUCCGAUGCCGCCAUCGAGGGCAUCGUCUCCAAUGUUCCCCGAAUUCGCAACCUGAUCCUGGCCAAGUGCACUCGCCUGACAAACGAGAGUGCCUACAGCAUCGCCCGGCUCGGCAAGAAUCUGCAUUACCUCCAUUUGGGUCAUGUCAGCAACCUCACGGACCGUGCAGUAUGCCACUUGGCGCGCUCCUGCACACGCCUCCGGUACAUCGAUCUCGCCUGCUGCCCGCAACUGACGGACUUGAGCGUCAUGGAGCUGGCGUCAAAUCUGCCCAAAUUAAGGAGAAUUGGACUCGUGAGGGUCAUGAACCUCACCGACCAGGCCAUUUACAGCCUCGUUGAGCGGUACACAUGCCUCGAGCGCAUCCACCUCUCCUACUGCGAAAACGUGUCGGUGCCCGCGAUCUUUUGGCUUCUUCAGCGCCUGCCCCGGCUCACCCACCUCAGCCUCACGGGCGUGCCCGCCUUCCGCAGGCCGGAGCUGCAGAGCAUGUGCCGGCCUCCUCCCAAGGAAUUUAAUGCACACCAGCGCCAGGCCUUUUGCGUCUACAGCGGCAAGGGCGUCAGCGAGCUCCGACGGUUCCUCCAGCGCGCUUACAGCGACGGGAGCAGCCCUCACCAGUUUGGCGAGCUGACGCCGGACAUCCAGCGCGCGUGGGCCGACAUGGCCUACCACCAGGAGAGGCACAAUGCCUCGAGACGCGCGGCGCUGGUGGCGAGGAACGGCGGUAUGAGCAGGCAGCAUCCGCAGCGGGAUGCGUCCAACGACGCCGCUUCCGCCGCGGAUCUUGCCCGGCUGAUGAGAGAGGGCCACGCGGGGGAAGAGUAUUCAAGUGGUGGUGGUGGUGCGACCGCUCCGUCAGGGGCAGGGGCAGGGGCAGGGGCAGGGGCAGGGGCAGGAGCAGGACCAGGGGCGAACCGAGACAUGGUGUACGACAGCUGGUUCAGGCGGCUGCAGCAGGCCUCUCUCUUUGCUGCGUCGGCGGAAAGGACAGGCGCAGGACAGGACGAGGCGGUGGCGACCGCGGCCGAUGUCCAGCGAUUCCUUCAGGAGCAGAUGCAAAUACAACGAGAGGCAGCAGCGGCCGCGGCAGCCGCUGCUCAGCCGGGGGGAGGAGGAGGCAGCGGCGGAGGAGGAGAUGGCAGGGGACCAGUGGGAGCAGAAGCAGCAGAGGCAAGAGGAGCAGGGGUAGGAACAGGAGAACAGCAGCACCAUGUCAUGCCAGGGUCGUUUAGAUUUGGAUCGUCGUCUUCUUCGUCUUCUUCGAUGCCUCCUCCCGCAGCAGCAGGAGGUGCCGGAAGAUCAAGCGGGGCCAAAGGGCCCGGGGAACAAGGCACUUCGUCGGCCUCGGCUUCGGCUUCUACCUCAGGCCUGUCUGGAGCAUUCACAGGAGCGUCACAGCCAAGUCGGCCAGCAAACGUCGACACAUUUGCCGCCAAUAGCAAUAUGGCCUCGACGGCGGCAUCAACGGGCACGGGGGCCAAUGGGGGAUUCCAACAAGGCCGAGAAGAAGCAACAGCCUCCACCACCAACGGAAGACUGGCCGCGCUGGCGACGCCUCCCGCGGAUAGUGCCACGACCAGAAUGUCGUUCAUGACGCCCAACGCCCGCAGUGGCAGUGGCAGUGGAGCAGGUGGUGGUGGGACAAGCGGUGGCGCUGGUCCCUCGUCGUCAUCGUCAGCAGGUGCCCAGUUCUUCUCAUUCGGACGAGCACCCGGCGAUGGCGGUGGACCUCACUAG